UGCAAGAGCGAGCGGUCGGCGCGUCGUCAGCGCCAUCCGCCGCGUGACCGUCAUGUUGCUCGCGCGGACGUGCUGGCAGCUCCGCUCGGUCGGCUCGAGUGUGGUCGCUGGUGGUGCUCCGGGCACGCAACCGUUGUUGGGCCACUGCAGGCCACUCGAAGGGGGGAAGCAGCGACAUGCCAUCAUCGGCGCCCGGAGCUUUGGCCUGGAACCACCAAAGGUCUCCAGUGCCAGGAUGCGCCGCAGCUACGCCAUGAUGCUCGACAAGUGCAAGUCUAAGAAAUUACCCCAAGAUGUGAACCCACGUGGCGUCUUUGUCUGCAACGAGUUGGAUCUGAAGGAGGUGCAGGUCUAUGGCUUCGAUUAUGACUACACGCUCGCUUGUUACAAGCCCAGCAUGGACUACCUCCUUUACAACUUGGGCAGGGACAUGCUCAUCAAAAAGUACAAAUAUCCCGAAGGUAUCGCCGAUCUGCAGUACCGCGAAAACUUUGCGGUCCGCGGACUACACUACGACAUCGAAAAGGGCCUGCUCCUCAAGCUCGACAGUUUCCUGCAGAUACAACUGGGCACGGUAUACAGGGGCAUCCAUCCCGUGCCGGACGAGGAGGUCCUCAGGCUGUACAAAAAUCGGAUCAUACCGAUCGCCUACGUCGAGGCGCCGUACAAGCACUCGCAUAAGGACGGCGUGCGCCGCACGAAAAUGGUGCAGCUGGCCGAUCUGUUCUCGGUGCCGGAAAUGAGUUUGCUCUGCAACGUCACCGAGUACUUCCUGCAAAAUCACAUAGACUACCAUCCGGAAAUACUCUUCAGGGACGUCAAGAACUCGGUGCAGAGCUGCCAUCCGAUAAUGCAUCAACUCGUGGUGCAGAACGUGUCCGAGUAUCUCGAGCAGAACAAGGACCUCGUCAAGUUUUUGGACCGCCUAAAGGCCGCCAACAAAAAGAUGUUCCUCGUCACGAAUAGUCCCUUUCAUUUCGUCAACAAGGGCAUGAGCUUUCUGGUGGGGGACGACUGGAAGUUGUACUUCGACGUGGUCAUAGUGCAGGCGCGCAAGCCGCGCUUCUUCACGGAGGAGUCGCGGCCGCUGCGAGUGUACGACGAGAGGAACGAGACCCAACUCUGGGACAGGGUGGUCAAGCUCGAGAAGGGGGUCAUCUACCUCGAGGGCACGGUCAAGCAGCUCCAGGACACCACGGGCUGGCGAGGCCAUCAGGUGCUCUACUUCGGGGACCACCCGUACAGCGACCUGGCGGACGUGACGCUCGAGCACGGCUGGCGCACAGGGGCCAUUAUCAAGGAGCUUGCGCACGAGAUUGAGACGCUGAAUCAUCCAAAGUUCAAAGAGGACGCCAAUUGGCUGCAGAUGUUGACGGCCCUGAUCGAGGACCAUCAGAACGUGGACGGGCCCGAAGCUGAGGAUUUGCUCAACGAGUGGAUAAAGGAGCGGGACCAACUGCGCAAUUCGAUCAAGCGGGUCUUCAACCAGCAGUUCGGCUCGGUGUUUCGGACCUACCAUAAUCCGACUUACUUCUCGCGCCGGCUAUUUCGCUUCGCCGACAUCUACAUGAGCUCGAUCACGAAUCUCCUGUGCUACUCGACCAGCCACACUUUCUACCCACGCCGCGGUGUCAUGCCGCACGAGUACACCAGCUACUUUAUGUAGAUCGAGUGUGACAUCCCCCCCGUAUUUUUUUUUUUUUUUCUAGCCAGUAAAUUUUGCUCUUGUCGUGCAACGAGAGGAGCAUUUUUUAGUUUUUAUUUUUACCGCUGUUUCAGUGCCGUCGAUCAAGUCUUUUUAGAUUUUUUUUUUCCUUUGGUCUCGGUGCACGAGUAGAGCCGAUUGCUAGGGUCUUCGCCAAUUUUAGAAUUGGUAAUUUUUUCUAUUUUUUCUUUUAUGGCAAAAAAUAUACGUUAAAAAACUCCUCCCAUUUGAUCGAUAUCCUAUAUGGUAGGAAUCGACAAAAAAGUUAUAUUUUUAAUCGGAGACACGAGAAUCUAUGAAUUUUUAAUCAGCUUAAGUGGUCACGACCCUUGAUCUGUGCUAUCUGAUUUCCUCGAGGGAGGAGGAGCUCGCAACUGUAAUUGUUUACACCAUUCACAAGCAUUUUUGUGCUGUAAGAGUGUAAAUAUAGCUACAAUUAUUUAAUAUAGCGUUACUGCUUAUCGACGAACGUAGCACCCAUUGUAUAUAAAUGUACGAACGGUAUUAGAAUUUUUCCUCGCCGGAGGUAAGGUUCUUCUUGUCGAUUUUAGUUUUCCUGACCCUUUUGAUCGGGCACGUUUUAUUUCAUUUUUUUUCAAUCAAUUUUUAGUCAAUUGUGUGGAUAAGUGGUUACAGAUGAUGAAUAAAUGCUAAAAGUGUGAAGAUGUCGAAUGAAAGCUCGUAUAAGUACGCUUACAAGUGCCAUAUCUCGCAGACAAUAGUUGUUAUCAUAGCUAACUAGAGUGUUUUUGAAUUGUUGUUGAAAUUACGCUCGAUCGAUUCGAUGAAGAGAAAGUAAAACUAAAUUGUUUUCAAUAUACAAAUUUUAUUGCACAAAAAUAAAUUAUUAUCAUAUACUUAUAUCAUGGAAACGAUUGAA